AUGGUCAGAUUAGAAGAGGUCGAAGAUGAGACCUUCGUCGACAAGCCAGUAUCGUCCAGUGGUGACGCCCUAUUGAUGGACGACGACGCAGACUAUACAGAUACAGACUCCGAAAUCAGCGACGCCUCCGACCUCGACUCAACCCCCUACGAAGAAAGCAUCUACGACCGUAUCACCGCCCUAAAAGACAUCGUCUCCCCCACAACCCGUGCAAGACUCUCUUCCGCCUUCUCAACAACCUACAACGCCACGUCAAAGUCGCUGACUUUCGGCGGAAAAGGACUGUGGAUAAUCACUACGAGUGUGUUAUUGCUAGGUCUGCCAUACGCGCUGGCCCUGCAGGAUGAGCAGAUGGUGCAGGAGGAGGAGAGGCAGAGGCAGUUGAUGACGGAGGGUCAGAGUGGGUUGAUGAAUGCGGGUGGCGAGGCGAAACCGGCGCUGUGA